AAGAUAAGUCAAUUGGAUAGAGAAAAGCUUAGCAUAUGAUAAGUUAAUUGGUCAAAAUCAAAAUCAGUUUCCUGGUGCACAAAUGAUUUGUUUCACGAUAAAGUUUUUCAUGUAUUUGCUUGUUUAGCAACCAAACAAGAAAGGGUCUUCAAGUUGAUAAAUCUAAUUCACAUAUGAUUGAAUUAUUUUUAAAUUGCAGAAUAACCCAUACUUUCACUCGUCAAAAAGUUAGGAAAUGAAUAGAGGUAAAUUCAUGGUCAUAUAGAAAAGAAAACAAAAUGAAUAAGAUGAUUACCAUUUAGAGAUCACAACUCAUAUGGAUUUGGGGACAUCGAAUGAAUUUAUGCAUUACGCAUGAGUUGUGUUUGCUAUUAUCAUAUUACAUUGAAUAUGUUGUGUCUCGCUCUUUAGUUCUUAAUUAUUCUGUUUUGGAUAUGCCUUUCUUCGUUUUGAGCUUCUUGUGUAUCAAAUGAUAUUUAAUAAAAAAUGUUUAUCACCAACAUUGUUCUAUAUGGUUUUCUUCAAAUGGAAAACAUCGAGUCAUCGACAUAAAAAACCACGUACAUAAAAGAUAAUUUUAAAUUGUGACCGAAUGUUCUUGCGAGGAUGGGAUCCGGGUAUCUUGUAUGGAUGUGGAAUCCAGAGGAUCAAUCACAAAGGGAUUCGAGGCUGGAAACUUGGUUGGACUUGUCUCGUCCAGUUCAGCGCCUGCAAUCUCUCUGGCUGGGUCUCCUUAAAACCAAAUUCAGAGAAUAGGAAUGGAGAUGGAAAAGCCGAUGGGGUUUUGUUCCAUGCUAGAGAGGUCCUUUGGGUCUACAUGGCUUAGGCUUGAGGAGGAUCACGGAUCACCAUUCGGUCCUUCCGAGUUGAGGCAUAUGGGAAGGAUAAGUAGAUCAUGGCUCAAAACAUUUGUCUGCCUCCCGUGUGUUAAUCUUGGGAUUGUGAUCGGCCCUGUUACAUGUAUAAUACUAGAGUAUGGGUGUCACAGAUCAGGAGGAGCGCAUUCUCAUCAACAAACAGAUCAGGAAGUCACAGAGAGAUUGAGCACAGCUUCUGCAGGCUUAAACCUGGUCAACAAGGAGAAUGCCAUGAAAAUUCUAAGAUAGUUGUGAAGAAACCAAGGUAUAGCGCAAGAUCGAACAAGUGUGCGGGUGUCAUUACGAAUGUGUCUUAAAAUGAUGCAACACUAAUUAUCAGAGAUAUUGUUCUGUUUGAAGGGAAUUAUGUCCCUUUUAUCUUUGUCAUCAUAACUUUAUCAUAUGUAUG